AUGAGCGCUGCAUAUCUACUCGGUCACAAUAAACAUUACCUUGACAAAAAAAAGCCCCCAAAGAGAUGGGCAGGCAGUGGCUGUGUACUGAUCGUCAUUGAGGCCUUCUGCUUUGGUUCGACCUUUUCCUCCUGUUUCAGUGAUUUCAUUUCUGAAUGGAUCAUCUCGGAUUUCAUGCUAUCUAUCGCUCGAUCACGUCCGAUUGUAAACCGGCAGGAACAACAUCUUCAAGGCAAUAUGGAAGAUGAUUUCAUGGAAGACAACUUCGAGGAAUCAUACGAAGACUACACGAAGUUCCGCAAGGCCCCAGAAAAAUCCGAUGAGAAGCCACCAUACAAUUCUGGCUUUGAAGAUGUCACCCAGCUCUCCAACUCAUACGGGAACACUGGUGAUGUUUUCAAAACGUCUGAAAAGCAAAGUAGAAGUAGCGAUGGAAGGAAGAGGUCAUCGAAGGGUAAAUUCAGUGAUGUCUCUCUCCUCUUCAGACGCAUCUAUCACUAUGAUCCCAAUAAGGGUGAUACAUGGACCUUGAGGUUGGAGAUCCAGUCCACAAUUCUUCGUCAAGCAUUCAAAGAGAUCGUUCAAGGGUUCACGUCGAUCAGUCUGGAACAAGAUCCUAUCAUGAUUACCGAGCCUUUCUCUGACCUAUACUUCAAUCGAGACCGAAUCCAGAAAGCAAUCAAAGAGGCAACAGACGACGGACUCAAGAGAGAGCUUGAGCUGUUGGAAGUAUUCCAAAAAUCUUAUAUGGGGAAGACAAUCACCGCAAUCGAGGCUUCCCUGACGGAGGGCCGGAUUAGUGCCGCAGAUCUCUGGUCUCUCUUUCCGGUUGGAUCCGAGAUCAUCUUGCAGAGUAGGGAAGCUCCAGAGAAGACAAUGAUCUGGUGCGUCGUCGUCAAGAGUUGCUUUCAACAGAGCAGAGAUAAUCAACAAGACAAUCUGCUGCCUGUGUGGUUGAUCACCGCCGAAUUUACUAGCUUCGAUGGUAAGCAGUUUUUAAAAGUUGAAAGGCCAUUCGGGAUUGGAGGAUUCCAAGGCGCCAAAGCAAUUCGCGCAUUGCCCGCCUAUCCUCUCGACCUACAUCCAUUGAAAGAAGAGUUGAGACAAAGUCUCAUCGAGCGCGGAAAGAAAUACGUUGAGCUCUGCACUGGCGAUUCCUUACAAACAACCCGUGCAACACAAGGGUCCCACCGCACUUGCUCUGGUCCUUUCUGGGAGAUCUCCGGGGGUGAGAGCCAUCCCAUGGUUACAAACACCACUACUGGCGUCGACUUCUUUAGCAAACCUACUCGUGAGCAUGAAGGAAGACUCAUCGUUGAUCCCGCGGGCAAGUAUCUUGAGGACCCUCGAUUUCGGGAAACUAUUGUUGGUGGAUAUGCUGGCCCCCGGGAGGGGCCGGUCGUCUUGCAGGAUAACCAGCGAAACAUUAAGUCUGUUCUCGGUGCUGAUGACAUGGGUGGGCUAACUGGAACCAAUCUUCAACCCGAAGACUUCCUCACAGCGCCAGCAACUAUUGUAGCCUAUUCCUUGAAGUUCAAGAGAUGGGGUCUCGUUAUGGUUGACUCUGUGAGGCCUAUUGUCUGGAAGCAAGGAACAUACGAUAUGCUGCAAAUGGACAAGAAACAGAAAGAGGUUGUGAGCGGCCUCAUUGAGAGCCAUCAUGCUUCUUCUCCUGACUUUGACGACUACAUUCCGGGUAAGGGACGCGGACUUGUGUUCCUCCUCCACGGGCCCCCAGGAUGCGGGAAAACCAUGACAGCUGAAAGUGCGGCUGAAACCCUUCGAUGUCCCCUUUACUACAUUAGUGGGGCCGAACUAGGCUUGUUAGAUAUGGCCUAUAGUUACAAUAACUCGAUCUCGAUCGAAGACAAAUUGGAACGCAUAUUCAAAAGGAUCGCUCGAUGGGAAGCUAUUCUUCUUUUUGACGAGGCUGACACUUUCGUUGCCUCCCGCGGAGGCCAUUAUUCAGAUGGGAAGAAGAAUGCAUUGACUUCAAUUUUGCUGCGUAUGAUUGAGUAUCAGUCUGGCAUUAUCUUUCUUACCACCAACAGAAUUACCGAUUUCGACAAAGCAUUAUUUUCAAGAGUACACAUCACUCUCAGAUACGAGCCACUCGUUCCGAAGCAGCGGAGUUUCAUUUGGGAAACAAUGGCUAAACAGACAGACUGCGACUUCGAUGAGUCCGACUUCGAGAGACUAAGCCGAAUUCCGCUAGAUGGGCGAACCAUUAAGAACAUCCUGCGAGUUGCCUCGUUGCACGUCAAGAUAAGAGAGCGUAAUGCAAAGAGCUCGGGUUUGAAGAUGGGGAUUGCUGAUGUAAAGGCAGUCUUGCCUUUUGCUAUGGGUGAUAUCGAGAACAAAAUCACUGCUCAGAAGGUUGAGGAGUUUUACAAUGAGUCGAGCUUGGGCAUAGAGGAUAUAACACUAUGAG